UCCUUCCGAGGUAGUGCAUUGGUAGCGUUAGUGUUUUAUGCGCUUCCUGAACACUAUCGGUAGUAGUAGAUAGUAAUAUGACAGUUGUGUAAAAUUUACAUCGUGGUGACUAGUGGCAUAUAAUGGAUAAUUACGUUGAAAUAAGUUUGCAUGAUGCCGAGAGCGGAGAAGAAUUUACAAUGACAUCUCCGGAAGAUGCUGUUAAAGCAACAAAUGGUAUAUCUGAAGAUACAGUCCUAUUGUCUACCUGUUCAUCGAAUAAUGUUACCACUCUUAUUACGGACAGUAUGUCUGAUGCUGACAUAGAUGCAAACAAAGUUGAUAACGAUCUGGAGAACUUAUCGGGAGACAAUUUUAAGUGGUCUAAUGAAGCUGUACUGCUGUUAUUAGAACAAUAUAGACAAUAUGAGAAAGACAUGUAUUCUGGUAAAAUAACACAUAAGAAGACAUGGGAGAAAAUAUCACAAGUAAUGAACGAAAAGGAGUAUGUAGUAACAGGCAGACAGUGCAGUACUAGGUUCAAUACAAUGAAACGAACAUACAAAGGAGUAAAAGACCACAAUAAAAAGUCCGGCAACAAUAAACGAACAUGGCCUUAUUUUGAGAUUAUGGAUAGUCUUCUGGAAGCAAAACCGUAUAUGGCCCCUUUAUUUACGUUGUCACUUACUGCUGCUUCGUCAAUUGCUACUGAAAAUCCUGUUAGAUGUAGCAGCAGUUGCUGCAACAGCUCUACCUCCUCAACUAUGGAUCUGGACAAUAACGUUCCUCGUAAUUAUAAACGCAAGAGAAACGACGACAUUGCAAGUGCAAUAUUGGAAAGUCGUGCGAUAGCAGAGAAAGAAAAAGAAAGAAGACAUAGAGAAAGAAUCCAAGUUAAAGUUGUUGGAGAAGCUUGACAAAAUAUUAGAAAAAUUAUAGUUCCUUAAUAUUUAU